AUGUUACAUAAGUGCAUUGUGAAAAUAACCGACGGCGGUGAUGGACGUUGUGUUGGCGAGUUUACUGUUGAAACGGAGCACUUGAAUCGCAAGGGUUCCUUGCAUGGAGGGUUAACAGCCGCUAUUCUGGAUAAUAUUACCACUUAUGCACUAAUGUCUAAAGGUUCCCAUCCUGGCGUUUCAACCAGCUUGAAUGUGAGCUAUUUGGCGGCAGCUAUGCCAGGUGAUAUUGUUGAGGUAGACGCCAAUACAGUGCGAGCUGGACGCAAAUUGGCGUACAUUGAGUGUGUGCUACGUCGUAAGUCUGAUGGAGCAGUUAUUGCCACUGGGGGACAAACCAAGUUUGUGGAUAUGCACCAAGAUGCUAAGAACUAAAGGGAGCCUACUUUAACUCAGUAAUGUAACUGACGAGAAAAUAAAUGAGCGCAAGAAGCUAAUCUAAUUUAAAAUUCUAA